AUGCUCAAAGUCAAUGCUCUUAUUGUAGACAAGCAUCAGCGCAUCGGCGACUCUUGGCGCAAGCGAUACCACCAACUAGUCCUCCACGACCCGGUCUGGUACGAUCACCUACCUUAUAUCAGCUUCCCCAGUCAUUGGCCCGUAUUCACGCCCAAGGACAAGAUGGGAGACUUCUUCGAGGCUUACGCCAGCCUUCUUGAGCUUAAUGUCUGGAUGUCAACAACACUCACAAAGUCGUCGUGGGAUGAUUCAAAGAGGCAGUGGACCGUCACUCUCGACAGGCAAAAGCCCGACGGAUCCAAGGAGACUCGGACUUUGCACCCUCGCCACGUCAUUCAGGCAACCGGUCACUCUGGAAAGAUGUUCUUCCCUAGCAUCAAGGGCAUGGACAAAUUCAAGGGAGACCGCCUCUGCCACAGCUCCGAGUUCCCGGGCGCGAGGCCCAAUUCCAAGGGCAAGAAGGCCAUCGUCGUCGGUUCGUGCAACUCGGGUCACGACAUUGCCCAGGAUUUCUACGAGCAAGGGUACGAUGUCACAAUGGUACAGCGCAGCUCAACAUCCGUCGUCUCCUCAAGCUCAAUCACGGACAUUGGUCUGAAAGGUCUCUAUGACGAGGACUCACCGCCAGUCGACGACGCCGACCUCUGGCUGUGGAGCCUGCCCGCUGAACUCUUCAAAUCGCUUCAAGUCGGCACCACGGAAGUACAAAAUGCCAACGACGCCGAGCUCCUCUCAGGCCUCCAAAAAGCCGGCUUCAACCUAGACAUGGGACCUAGCGGAGGCGGCUUCUUCGUCAAGUACUUCCAGCGCGGUGGCGGCUACUACAUCGACGUCGGAUGCAGCCAGCUCAUCAUCGACGGCGAGAUCAAGAUCAAGAGCGGCCAGGAAAUCACAGAGGUUCUCCCCAAUGGUCUCAGGUUCGCGGAUGGCUCGGAGCUUCAGGGCGACGAGAUCAUCUUCGCGACGGGGUACCAGAACAUGCGCACCGAGGCGCGCAACAUCUUUGGUGACGAGCUCGCCGAUCGUGUCGGCGAUGUGUGGGGGUGGGACGAGGAGGGCGAGUUCAGGACCAUGUGGCGGCCGACGGGGCACCCUGGCUUCUGGUUCAUGGGCGGCAAUCUCGCAAUUUGUCGGUACUACUCUAAGAUUUUGGCAUUGCAGAUCAAGGCGGUGGAGGAGGGGAUCGAUCAGAACAAGAGCCACACUAAGACUUUGGGGACGGCGGGCGGUGUUCCUAAACUGUGA